AGGUAAGCGAUAACAUUGACUGUGCUCUGUUAGCUGUUGCAGAUAAUACAGCCAAUGUCUUUUUAACCUUUUGAAAUUGGGGGUUAAAGGAUCAGUUUGCCUCUUAUUAUAAGAACUGCACUUUUCCCUCUUCUUAAAUAUUCCCUGCUCAAUCUUUAAAAAGUUCUGAAGGUGGGAAACAAACAUUUGUCUGUAAUGAUGAAACAUGAAUUAGACUUUAUUAUUUAUAUUAAGAGAAGAAUGUAAAACUGGCCCCAUGAAAAGUGACUGUCCAGAAGGAAUCUGAAUGCACUGUGGUGCCGAAGAAGUUUUGCCUUUCCAAGAAUAGCAUUAGAAUCUUUAUAGACUCCUCUUGUUUCUAUUUAUUUAAUCAUUUCUUUUUGGGUUUUUUCAAAUAUUACAUUAUAUGUGGAAUAGUAUGACAAAAAAGAUGCUAGACAGAUACCAUUUUUGAUGGCUGAAGCAUUGGUAAAUAUUCAUAAGUUAAUCCAUGUGUUUAGACAUAAUUCGCCCAUAGAGUUUAGUGGACUCAUGUUUGUGGGGUGUGGUUUAAGUGUAGUGUUGCUGGAAAUGUAUCAUGUUUUACCCCUGUGGGUGAACACCUAGUCAGGAUAUGCUGCUCGGUAAAGGUAAGUUUCAUCAAAACCGGGGGAAGGAGAGUGCAAUGAGUGGUUAGCUUUAUGCAGGAUGUUUUGUUUCCUCUAAUUAGCUUGUACUCGAUGAUCCCUCAUUAUCCUCACACCCUUUCAAAGUCUGUUUAAGGUUGUGAUUGUGUCAUUUAGACAUUAUGUACCUCCCCCGUGUCCUUCGUGACCGUCAUCUGUCUUUACCUAUUUUGCGUUUCCUGACAGUUGGCACAUUCAUAGAGUUAAAUAUUAACAGGGUCUGAAAGUCCUUUGUCCAUUGCUUUUUAAAGUCCACUUAUAUAGACGUCACAAAUUAAACUGAGGGAACUCUUUGCUUUGACAGGACCGAGAUUUACACUUAAUGUUUGACAGAGUUCCUCUUCUUCAGGCUGUAAAACCAGUUUCACUAUGAAUAAUAAUCAGGCGAAUGGUCCCAUGUAUGACAACCAAGUGUUUAAACAUGAAGAAUAUAGUCCUCCAUAUUCUGUAACAGAGCAGAUCCCCAGCCAUUCCUCCAUCAACCAGUAUUAUACUUCAACACCCGGAAUACCAGCUAAUCCAAGGCAAACAAAAGGAAGAAAGAAAUGUCACUGGAAGUACAUCCUGGGUGCAUUUCUGUGUGUGACUGUUAUCCUGGCAGUGCUCGGACUCUUGCUGUGGUACUUCCUAUACUACCAGUGUCUACUGGGGAAGUCGUGUGGAAAAGGUGGGAUGUGUCUGAGCCAUACCCGGUGGUGUGAUGGAAUCAUUGACUGUCCAGAUGAAGAGGAUGAAUCUCAGUGCUUUCGCCUCCAAGGGGCCAACUCCAUGCUGGAGAGUUAUUCAUCAAGCAGCCAGACCUGGAUGCCCGUGUGUGCUGACAACUGGGAUAAUAACUAUGGAAGAACUGUGUGCAGACAGAUUGGUUACAGCAGAGAUGAUUAUUUUGCCUACAGCCAAACCAGUGCAGGUGCUUUGGCCUCCAAUGGAUAUAUGAGGCUGAAGUCCGGAAGUAGUAGUGGCUCACUAAUACAGUCACAGCUCACUCACAGCUUACUGUGCUUCUCCAAUGCUGUCACACUUCAGUGUAUUGAAUGUGGCAAGAGUUCAGCAGCUCCGAGCAGUCGUAUUGUGGGUGGCACAGAGGCUGUAAAUGGAGCCUGGCCAUGGCAGGUCAGCCUCCGGGUUUCGGGUCGACACAGCUGCGGAGGCUCCAUUAUCAGCCCAUACUGGAUCCUGUCUGCUGCACACUGCUUUGAAUAUUACUCUUCUCCUUCAUUGUGGACGGUAUACUAUGGGGACGUGAACUUGAAUAAGAUGUUUAAUGGCGGAGGAGUUCAGAAAAUCAUCAACCAUAAAGAUUUUGACACAAGAACUAAUGAUUAUGACAUUGCUCUCCUAAAGCUUUAUACACCUCUGACUUUUAACAAUAAAGUUCGGCCGGUGUGUCUCCCCAAUGUUGACCUGAACCUUUCUGGUAAUCGUCAAGCAUGGAUCACAGGAUGGGGAGCAUUGCAGUCAACAGGGCCAUCCCCCAACAUAAUGAAUCAAGCCCAGGUGACCAUUUACAGCAGGGCCACUUGUAAUGCACCUGAAGUAUUAAAUGGUGAAGUCACCAAGACCAUGUUCUGUGCAGGUAAACUGCAGGGAGGAGUUGACUCCUGUCAGGGUGACAGUGGAGGUCCCCUGGUCGUGAAAGAAGGAGAUCGAUGGUGGCUGGCAGGAGCUACUAGCUGGGGUUAUGGAUGUGCUUUGAAGAACAAGCCAGGAGUCUAUGCCAAUGUACCAUUCUUUAUUGACUGGAUAUUCAAAAAAAUACAGAAUAACUGAGACGUCGGUGAAUAUUGAAAGGAACUACUUGAGUUACUUGCAAAACAAAAAUCAACCAACAAAAUGAAUGAUCAGCAUUUUUAUAUUCUUGUUUUCAGCAUGCACUGAAUGUCUUGCAUUUGGACAAAAUAAAGCUAUUAUUUGGUCCAAUAAAACUAAUUUUCAGCAAAGAGUUGUUUUUUGUAAAUUCACAUUGUGUGAUAGAUGUGCUACAGAAAAAUGUAGCUUUGCUUUUCUUACUUCUGCCUGGCUAACGAAACUUGCCAUGCCAUGCCUGAUACAAUGAAAUGAAUUCAUACAUGUGGCUUUUGGCUCACACCUCAACUAAGUAUGAUGUCCUUGAAGUGGAACAGCAAGGUCAAAGCCAGGAAAUCAAAUUUUCACAGUCACAUAACGUUAUGUAAUAAAUUCCACUAGAGUUGUAUCUCAUAACUGUUUCAAAAUAAAAUAUGACCAAUGUAAAACUU